UAGAGGAGUAGACUGAAGCUGUGCGGAUACAGAGAUAUUCCUCAGUGCGUGUUUCUCCGUCUGUGAGGCUGUGGAUGGCUGGUUAACCGCACAGAAACACACUCCAGACCCUCAGAUGUGCGCUCUGUGAAUGCGAUAAAGCGGAUAUUUACCUUACUGUUCACUGGGAGUCUCACACAAGAGCUGCAAGAUGAAAUACAAAGCGAGAUAAGGCGAGUACUCUUUGCCUGUGAUAAACAUAUCUGCAUUAUGCAACGCUGCCAGAAGAACAUACAGUGGCAGGAAGAAAAAAGAAAAGAACCUGAUGGCCAAGGCGUUGUACGAUAACAUGCCGGAGUCCCCUGAGGAGCUGGCCUUCCGCAAAGGGGACAUCCUGACUGUCAUUGAGCAGAACACAGGAGGCCUGGAGGGCUGGUGGCUCUGCUCUCUGCACGGCCGCCAAGGCAUCGCCCCUGGCAACCGUCUGAAGCUGCUGAUCGGACCCAUGUUUGAGGCCCAGUCCCCGGCUGCCUCUGCUGCCCAGUCCUCCCCUCAGAGCUAUCAGCAGAAGGCCGGCUCAGCGGGGGCUCAGGGGAUUUACCAGGUGCCUCCGUCCCUCCAGAGUCCACAGCAGCAGAGUCAACAGAGCAUCUACCAGGUUCCUCCUGGACAAGAUGUCUACCAAGUCCCACCAAGGAGUACGCUAGCUGCUGAUAACACCCCGAGCAAGGUGGUGACCCCAACCAGAGUGGGACAGGCCUACACCUUCAGCCCGGGCCAGCACAACCAGCAGGACCUCUAUGAUGUCCCACCCAGCAGAUCACAGGGGGUGUAUGAUAUUCCACCCGGUCAGAUGUUCCCCGGUGCCAGAAACCAGGGAGUUUACGAUGUUCCUCCAUCUCAAAUGGACCCCAGAACACAAGGCGUUUAUGACAUACCUCCUUCUUCACAAGGGGUCUACUCGGUGCCUCCCUGCAGGACCAACCCCGCCCUCCAGGAGGGAAACUACGACUUCCCGCAGCCUCUCAAACACAAACAGGAAGGGAUCUAUGAUGUACCUCCACCUGUCCUCACCAAACCCACACAGAGCGCCCAGUCGCAUUAUGACUUCCCCCCCAGUGUGGAGACUCCAGGUCAUCACCAACACCCAAAUACCAACGGCAACGAAGGUAUUUACGAUGUACCUCCACCCGCCCUUCACUCAGGGGCAGGGUCUCAGAGGGACGUGUACGACAUCCCCCGGGGCAUGCAGCCCUCCCAGCACAGAACCUCGCCCGCCGAUAGAGACGGGAGCAAAGGCAUCUACGACAUCCCCGCCCAGGAUGCUCGCGCGGUAGCAGACGUGACGGAUGGCGUGAACCGUCUGUCAUUCUCCAGCACUGGCAGCACGCGCAGCAGCAUGUCCACCUCCUCGUCCUCCACAGGCUCCAGCUCCGAGAACCGCCUCGCUCUGGAUGUGGACGCAGCUCUGCAGAGGUUAUACCGCCUGCAGCAGGGUGUAGAGGCCUCAGUCAGGGCUUUGCAUUCAAUGGCAGCUUCCCCGCAAUGGAGGACUUUUCCCUUUAUGGAGCGCCACGCUAACGAUGUCCGCACAGUGCUGGACAGGGUCCGGGCUGCUCUGGGAGACUUUGUUGUGUUUGGUAGAGGCGCUGCAGCGAAUGCCACAGCUCUGUCAGACUCCAGCCUGCACAGUAAGCUGAGACGGCAGCUGGGACGCCUGGAGGACUCGCAGCAGAUCCUCCUGCAGAUCUACCAGGUCCUGGAGAACUGCAGCUGGGCUCUGAACGCCCUGGCAUCUUCUGGCAAGCACCACAACAAGAGCGACGACCUGGACCGCUUUGUCAUGGUCUCAAGGACUGUUCCCGAUGACGCCAAGCAGCUGGUCUCCACGAUAAGCAACAGUGCUGAGCUGCUGUUCAGGCGGACGCACAUGGACGGGUCUUUUUCUGUCGGGAGCACACCUGAUGAGAACAUGAUCCACCCGCUCACCUCCCCCUCCUCUGAUAACGACAACUACGGCGGACAGACCAAGCCCUUCCCUGUCCCCUCCAGCCAAGACAAAGACAACAUGAACAACAGCGAGAAGUGUGUGAAGAGCUGGAUGGAGGACUAUGAUUACGUACACCUGCAGGGCAAAGAAGACUUUGAACGUCAGCAGAAAGAGCUCUUGGACAAAGAAAAUAUUAUUAAGCAGAGUCAAGUCCAGCUGGGACAGGAACAGAUCAAUCAGUUCAAGAAGCUGGAGCAGGAAGUGAUCAAACCAGUGGAGAACGACGUCACACAGUGGAUCUCACACCAACACUCGGCCUCUCCCUCGGACUCAUCCUCUGCCCUGUCCCCCUCCACCCACGUGUGCGCUCGGGACCGCCAGCUGCUCGGCUUCUACUCCGAGCAGUGCGAGCAGCACUUCGUGACGCUCCUCAGCGCCGUGGACGCCUUCUUCGGCUGCGUCAGCGCCGGGCAGCCUCCUCGCAUCUUCGUGGCGCACAGCAAGUUCGUCAUCCUCAGUGCUCACAAACUGGUCUUCAUCGGAGACACUCUGUCCAGGCAGGCCUCGGCGCCCGAGGUGGCCAACAGGGUGAUGAACUCCAGUAACGUGUUGUGUGACUUGUUAAAGACGGUGGUGGCUGCGACUAAAACAGCCGCCCUGAACUACCCGAACACAGCAGCCAUCCAGGAGAUGGUGGACAGAGUCACUGACCUCUCACAUCACGCUCAGCAGUUCAAAGAACAGCUGCUGCAAAUGGCCAAUUUGUGAUUUUCAACAAGUAGACAGAAUCCAUGUGUACAUUAAUCUAGCAUAAAUAUAUAUAUUUACAUGAUAUAUAUCUAUAUAUAUAUUGCUCUUCAUCUUUAAGUUUUGUUGUAAAUAGUCUCCGGUCUGUAAAUAUUUGCUCUAUUUUUGUGUAGAUUGUUUUAUAUUAUGGUAUAAAUAUAUAUAUAUGUAGAUGCAGUACUGGUGUCUCUGUAGGAUUACUGUAUGUAGACGUUUUUCAUAACAUUCCUGUCGCGUAUUAUGAAGCACCUUAUGAGAUGUCCUGUGUUUUUCAGUUUUGCCCGUAGAGUGUCGUUGAUGUGUCUUACUGCUGGGUGUGACAGUAAAUCUUGUAAUUCAUGUUAAUGUUGAUGUAUACUGUAUGUUUGUGUGUGUGUGGAGCUCUCCACAAAGUAAAGGAUUGUUCUUAACCAUG